AUGAAGCUCAUUUCUGCCCUCGCAGGAGCCGCUUUCCUCGCUCAACAAUCCGCUGCUCAUCCGGGUGACAGCCCCGAGGAGCAUGCACGUGAGAUUGCUCAGCGGGCUGCAUAUUUGAGCACCCAUAAACGCUCACUCGCCCAUUGCGCCGAUACACUGAAGGCUCGCGGCAAUGACCUCGCUAUGGCUCACCGCCGUAGUCUCGAAGUCAAGAAGAUGCGUGCUAAGCGCGCCAUCGAUCAAAAGAGGAAUUACCUCCGAGCCCGCGACCUGGACACCGUCCUGGCGACCUCCCACGCCUCGAAUUUGACGGGCAUCACUGCUGACACUGAUCCCUCUGUUCUUUUCACUGGAAACAACUCCUGCAUUCUCACUCCGGAGGUUACUCAGGGUCCCUAUUGGGUCCAGGGCGAGCUUAUCCGUGAAGACAUCACUGAGGACCAGGAAGGUGUACCUCUGCACCUCGACAUCCAGGUCAUCGAUAUCAACACCUGCGAGCCCGUCCCUUCAGUCUACCUCGAGCUGUGGCACUGCAACUCCACCGGUGUCUACUCCGGUGUUGUUGCUAGCGGCAAUGGCGACGUCAGCGACGAGUCGAACCUCGACAACACCUUCCUUCGUGGUAUCAACCAAGCUGAUCAGAGCGGUGUUGUACAGUUUGACACCCUGUUUCCAGGGCACUAUACCGGUCGCGCCACUCAUAUUCACGUCAUGACACACACACUCGAUGCUACAGUGAAUGACAACAGCACUUUGACUGGUACUUCGGUCAGCCAUGUUGGUCAAAUGUUCUUUGACCAGGACCUUAUCGAAUCGGUAGAUGCCGUCGAACCCUACGCGAGCAACACCCAAGAGAUGACUACGAACGCUGAGGACUCCAUUCUCAGCGAAGAGGCCAGCGACGUUGACCCUAUGAUCGAGUACGUCUUGCUCGGUGAUAGUAUCUCUGAAGGUAUUUUCGGAUGGCUAGCUUUCGGAAUGGACUCGAGCUCUUCUUACAACGUCACUCCUGCGGCCAACCUCUACGCUGAGGGCGGUGUAGCCAACGAGAACUCUGGUAUGGGCGGCGGUGGCGCCCCUCCGGGUGGCAACGGUACUGGUGGUGCUCCUACUGGCCCAAUGCCUUCCGGUGCUGUUUCCUCUGGUGCCGUAUUUUCUGGCGCCGCUGCAUUGACUGGCGGCUCAACCUUGACAACCGUUGUCUCCUCGUCUGCUGUCGCUUCUUCUGAUGUCGCCUAUUCCACUGUCGUUCCUUCUGUCGUCUCCAGUAUUGCUACUUCCUCCGCUCCCUCGGCAGCCCCAUCCAAGGCUCCUCAGGGCGGUAAUGGCCAGAACCAACAGCAACAGAAUCCGCAGGGCCCGCAACAGCAGCAGCAGCAGCAGCAGCAGCAGCAGCAGCAGCAGCAAGGCCAGAAGCAGGGCCAGCAGCAGAACCAGAAGCAAGCCAACGGUCCCCACCACAACUAA